AUGACACCUGAAGAGAUUCUCUGGAGAACAAUGGCCUGCGUCCACGUGUCGCUGUGGACACGUGACCCGGCACUACGAGGACAUGGGUGCCAUCAUCUUCGAAGGAAUUCCUUUGACGGAAGAAUUUUCUACUGGACCUUCAAGAGGAAUGUACAGAGAGAUUUAAGAAGCAUACUAAAACUAAAUUGGCCCACGAAUGCGGAUACCUUGAUUAAAGCAAUUUCUUGGAAGCCAGAAGCGAUACGGUCCAUUCUUAGCGGAGAUAGCGAUGGCAGUUGGGCGUUGACAGGAAUAGACCGGGAUUGAUCGAGCCAAGUUGACAACAAUAUUCUCCACCUACGAAACAAAAAUACAGCCCAUAACAGUGGACUGCAAAGGGGAAACCGGCUCCAAAAAAAGCAAAAACUGUUUUCUUGGCAGGGAAAGUGAUGGCGACUGUUUUUUUGGGGGGAUAGUCAUGAAGUUAUUUUAAUCGACUAUCUUCAAAAAGGAAAAACCAUUACAGGAGCAUGAUUCGCACCAUCACUUGACAAGCUGAAGACAGAACUUGCGAAAAAACGGCAUUUGCAGAAAAAGAAAAUCCUGUUUCACCAAGACAACGCAACGUCUCACACCUCAGCGGUUGCCAUGGCGAAAAUCCACGAAUUACGGUUUGAACUGCUUGACCAUCCGCCUUACUCACCAGAUCUAGCCCCAAGCGACUUCCUUUUGUCCCCUUAUCUAAAAAUUGCUGCUCGGAGGACAGAUAUUUCGUCAAAUGAAGAGAAAAUCACCUUCGUGAACAAUUAUUUUGCAGAGAAAUACGCUGAGUGCUUUUUGAACGGGUCACAGAGAUGGAAGCAUCGCUGGGAGAAGUGUGUAGAGUUGCAAGGAGACUAUGUUGAAAAAUAAAAAAAAA